UCUGCUAUUGAAGCUGUUGUGUUAUUGCCCUUUCAUCGGUACAACGCGGCUUCCAAGUAAUCACGUUUCGCGCGUAAAUCUCGAAGUUUUCCCCGUCACUACCAUUUAAAAUCGCUUUUUCACAAUGGAUUGCGAGAAAGAUGUGCUGCGUAUUCAGAAGAAGUUGGAUAAAAUUGUGAAAGAAGAAUUGGGCCAAGAUGAGGCAUUGGAUUAUCUAAAAGCUCUAAAAGAUCUACCUAUCAAUUUGGCUGUCCUGACAAGCACUAGAAUUGGGAUGACUGUCAAUGCUAUUCGAAAGAAAAGUGAAAAUGAUGAAGUCAACAAUCUUACAAAAGCCCUAAUAAAGAAAUGGAAAAAACUCCUACCUGGUAACUACCAAACUAUUCUGUUAAGCCCCAACUGUCGUUACUUUCCGUUUUUUGCAAAUGUUGACUCAGGAUCAGCUACCCCAAAAGAAAGCACGAAAGAGGAAGGGAAGACAUCGGAUAAAGCCAAAGAACCACCAAAAGAGAGCCAGGCUCUAGUUAAAGAAUCAGCCAAAGAUAAAAAGGGAUCAUCUAGCAAUGUUCAAUCAUCUUUCCCUGCUCUACCAACAACCACUACAGACUCUGUUCGACUUAAAUGCAGAGAGAUGUUGUGUGCUGCAAUAAAAGGAGAUGGAGUUGCUGUAGAUGGUGGGGGAGAUCCUGAAUAUCUCGCCCAAAUGCUAGAAGAAUGCAUUUUCAAAGAAUUUAAAAAUACAGAUAUGAAGUACAAGAACAGAGUUAGAAGUCGAGUCUCUAAUCUGAAGGACACCCGAAACCCUAACCUGCGCCUCAAUUUCCUCUGUGGUCAAGUCAGCCCUGCUCGUUUGUCAAAUAUGACAUCUGAAGAAAUGGCUUCAGAUGAAAUGAAAAACAUUCGUCAAAAGUUCACUAAAGAAAGCAUCAACGAUGCUCAAUUGGCCACAGUCCAGGGUACACAAACCGAUCUCCUCAAAUGCGGAAAAUGCGGACAACGCAACUGCACUUAUAAUCAGGUCCAAACACGAAGCGCUGAUGAACCGAUGACUACAUUCGUUCUCUGCAACGCGUGUGGCAACCGAUGGAAGUUUUGCUAAAAACCUCAUGUUCACUAAUCAUGCUAAAAAAGUUUCUUUACCUACGUUUGAUUAAGACAAAGCCUCGACUCCAUUUGACUAACCUUUCUUAGCCCAUUAUUUUUUUUUUUCUCUCCCUAAAGCACCUCAGAAGUGGAAAACAAUUUUGAAUAUUUCCCUCUUCAGCUCAAUAGAGUCCUUUAUUGCAUUAGUGGCUCUAUAGUAAAAACUGACUGAAUACAAAACCGUAAAAUCGAA